AUGACCACAGCCGGCUACGUCAGUGCAGGUGCUUGCCUCUUCGGAGUGCUUUGUGCCCUCGUGGGCAUUGGGCAGAUCGUCAGCGAUAUUUCAACGCUGAGCGAUGAGGUCCACGGCAGCAUGCAAGAGUUCCGUGUCCUUGCUGAAGACACCUGGGACCGUAUUCUCAUCCUCCAGAGCCCAACUGGCAAAUCCGCCAACCCUACCCCUAGCCUGUUCCGUCAGAAACGUUACACCUAUCCGGGACAAUGCGAAUGCAAUGAGCGUUCUAUCGGAUGCCCAGCUGGACCAAAAGGACCACCAGGACCACCGGGACCACGAGGAGAUGAGGGCUUCCCUGGAGAAAAUGGACGCGAUGGAACCAAUGGACUCAUUCUUUCGGUCAAUCAUGAUGUACCUGGAGGUUGCAUCAGUUGCCCAGCUGGACCACCAGGAGAACCCGGAAGCGAUGGAGCUCCAGGAGAGCCAGGAUUCCCAGGAUCACAUGGCAAACCUGGACCAUGUGGAGCGGACGGUGUUCCCGGACCCGAAGGAGAGCCCGGAGAUCAAGGACCAGCUGGACCACCCGGCUUCGAUGGAAUGGCUGGACCCGAUGGAAUGCCUGGAACCACCUCAUUCCCCGGAGCACCUGGACAGCCUGGAGCACCUGGAUGGACUGGAGAACCUGGUCUGCCCGGAAAGGCUGGCGAAAAUGGACAAGACGGAACUCCUGGACAGCCUGGUCCAAAAGGACUACCUGGAAAUGCUGGACACGAUGCUUUCCCCGGAAUGCCUGGACCUAUGGGAAAUCCUGGAGGUCCUGGAGAAGAUGCCAAGUACUGCAACUGCCCACAAAGAGGAGACAAGCCUACGGGUGCUACCUAUCAGGUGCCACCAUCUACUGGCUACAGAAAGAGACGCGUCUAG